CGCCUUCCUGGUAUCAUUUUGUACCAGACUGAAAGCUGAAAGGACCACUGUUACAGCAGUAGGACCAAGAUGAUCCCUUCAGUGACACUAAAUAAUGGAGAGAAGAUGCCUAUUGUGGGCCUGGGAACAUGGAGGGCUGAGCCAGGAAAGGUGACUGAGGCUGUUAAAGUGGCAAUACGUGAAGGUUACCGCCACUUUGAUGGUGCCUACCUAUACCAGAAUGAAGAAGAGGUUGGGGCUGGGAUUGCUGCAAUGAUUGACCAAGGAGUGGUAAAAAGGGAGGAUCUGUUCAUUGUUAGCAAGUUGUGGUGCACCUUCCACAUUCCCUCUCUGGUGAGGGGAGCCUGUGAGAAAACCCUCAGUGACCUGAAACUGGACUACUUGGACCUGUACCUCAUGCAUGCCCCAAUAGGAAUGAAGCCAGGGGAGGAGCUUUUUCCAAUGGACGAGAACAACCAGGUCAUUUCUGAUGGCAGCAACUUCUUAGACACCUGGGAGGCCAUGGAGGAGCUUGUAGACGCUGGACUGGUCAAAGCGAUCGGUAUCUCCAACUUUAACAGAGACCAGACUGAAGCCAUACUCAACAAGCCAGGCCUCAAAUACAAGCCUGCCACCAACCAGGUUGAGUGCCAUCCAUAUCUGACCCAGGAAGAACUGAUCAACUACUCCCACUCAAAGGGCAUCCCAGUGACGGCAUACGCCCCCCUGGGCUCCCCUGACAGACCCUGGGCCACCUCUGAUGAUCCCUCCCUGUUAGAGGAACCCAAGGUUAAGGCCAUCGCAAGCAAAUACAACAAGACCCCAGCACAGGUUCUCAUCAGGUUCCACAUUCAGAGGAACGUGAUUGUAGUUGCCAAGUCAGCCACGCCCCAUCGGAUCAAGGAAAAUAUACAGUUGUUUGACUUUGAGCUUUGUGAAGAAGACAUGAAGAGCCUGUUGAGCCUGAACCGGAACUGGAGAGGAUUCGCAAUGGAGAUGGCAGCAAACCACAAAGACUUCCCACACUGAACGCUGAAUACUAACUGAUACAACAUAAAGCAUCAUUCAUUUUUUAUUGAGCUCUAUUGGUGAGGGCUAACCAUUCAACACCUGCUUUCA